AUGCCGCUGCGUGGUCAGGGGCCGCCGCCACAGCGAACCAGGGGAGCACAGGAGCAGAGGCCGCGGCUGGACGUCUCCCCCAUCCCACGGGCUAUAUCUCAAUAUAUAAGAGUGUUAUUCUGUGAAAUAACUCGAAUUUCAAAUCAUUCACUUGCUUCAACUACUCAUGCUAUGGAUGUGGGAGCAUCAACUCCGUUCCUUUGGGCUUUUGAGGAGCGGGAGAAAUUGUUGGAAUUCUAUGAAAGAGUCCCGGGAGCCAGGAUGCAUGCCAGUUUCAUACGACCUAGUGAAGUGGCACAAGACCUGCCUCUUGGCUUAUAUCGAGAUAUUGAUUCCUCCACACAACAAUUUGCUUCUCGUAUCGAGGAAUUAGAAGAGAUGUCAACCGGCAACCAUAUCUGGAAACAACGAUUAGUGGAUAUUGGUACUGUCACUGCACAUCAAGCAAAGGCUUGGGGAUUCAGUGGUGUAAUGUUAAGAGGACUUGGCCCGGGCCUAAGUGAAAGUGCAAAAGUGAAGUGGUGGGCCUACCCAUCCCAACCUAGGGUAUGCUGGGAUUCGCGAAGAGCAGCACCUUACGAUGUUCAUGACCAAUCGGAUCUUGACGUACCAGUAGGUACCAGAGGAGAUCGCUAUGAUCGUUACUGUAUCCGUAUUGAAGAGAUGCGACAAAGUGUUCGGAUUAUUGUGCAAUGUCCUAAUCAAAUGCCUAGUGGCAUGAUCAAAGCCGAUGAUCGUAAGCUAUGUCCUCCAUCACGAUCUCGAAUGAAACUAUCCAUGGAAUCAAGCAUUCACCAUUUCGAACUUUAUACAGAAGGUUUUUCCGUACGUUCUACCUAUACCGCAGUUGAAGCACCUAAAGGUGAAUUUGGUGUCUUUCUUGUCAGUAAUGGGAGUAAUCGUCCCUACCAUUGUAAAAUAAGAGCACCUGGCUUUGCCCAUUAAGGACUCGAUUCUAUGUCCAAACAUCACAUGCCAGCAGAUGUAGUCACCAUCAUAGGUACUCAAUAUAUUGUGUUUGGAGAGGUAGAUAGAUAGGACGUAGUCUUGCUCGAUCAGGACCCUAGCUUUAUUGCGAGCCAAAACUGUCUGAAAGAAGCAAAAUGGAAAAGGAUGCAAAAUGCAAUGGGAUUCCUGAUCCAAUAAGAAAUCCCAAUUCGGAGUUUGUUUGGAUCAAAUUCCUAUGUUAUACUAUUCCAUUCUCGAUGAUGAAUCGAUUUGAUAGAUCUGAUAUUGUUAUU